GUGGUGCUGCCAUCUGCGGGGCCAGAGCACCUCCCAUGCACCUUAGGGGAGGCAGCAGGCACGGCAGAAUAAGGACACAAUGCAGCCCUGUGGGAGGACACGGAGAUGCUCACGGUACCACCUGGUCUUCCUAGUCUCAAAGGGGUUUUGCUUUUCAGCCUGGACAACAAAGAAGAUGGUCCUCUGUUUGGCUCUGGGGCUCUUGAUGAUGGGGAUCUACCCUGCUAUCCUCUGUCAACAAGAUGGCACAAUGGAGAGUAACGCUGAAUUUCAGGAAGACCAAAUCAAUGGGACGCGAGUGGACAGUCUAACACUGGCCUACACCAACACUGACUUUGCCUUCUGUCUCUACAAGAAGCUGGCUUUGAAAAACAGGGAUAAAAACAUCUUCUUCUCCCCAUUCAGCAUCUCAGCUGCCUUGGCCUUCCUGUCCCUGGGAGCAAGCAACAACACCCGGGAAGAGAUUCUAGAAGGUCUCAAGUUCAAUCUCACAGAGACCCCUGAGGCAGACAUCCACCGGGGAUUUGGGCACCUCCUCCACAUGCUCAGACAGCCAAAUGACCAGGUGCAGAUCAGUACAGGCAAUGCCAUUUUUGUUAAAAGGCACCUGCGGAUCCUGGCAGAGUUCAAGGAGAAGGCAAGGGCGCUCUACCAGGCUGAGGCCUCCAUGAUAGACUUCCAGCUGCCUCAUAAGGCCGUAAAGCACAUCAAUGAAUAUGUGAGGAAACAGACCCAGGGGAAGAUCAAGGACCUGAUCUCAGGUCUGAAUGAGGAUGCAGGAAUGGUACUGGUGAACUACAUCUACUUCAAAGGAAAAUGGAAGUUUCCCUUUGACCCUCGUGACACAUACGAAUCUGAGUUUCACUUGGAUAAGGACAGAUCUGUGAAGGUGCCCAUGAUGAACAUUGAGGACCUGAGCACCCCCUACUUCCGGGAUGAGGAGCUGUCCUGCACUGUGGUGGAGUUGAAGUACACAGGCAAUGCCAGCGCCCUGUUCAUCCUCCCUGACCAGGGCAGGAUGCAGCAGGUGGAAGCCAGCCUGCAGCCAGAGACCCUGAGGAAGUGGAGGUACUCUCUGAGGCCCAGGAUGAUCGACAAGCUCUCCCUGCCCAAGUUCUCCAUCUCCACUGACUACAGCCUGGAGAGAAUUCUUCCACAGCUGGGCAUCAGGGAAGUCUUCUCCACACAAGCUGACCUGUCUGGGAUCACAGGGGCCAAGGACCUCAGAGUCUCUCAGGUGGUCCACAAGGCUGUGCUGGACGUGGCUGAGACAGGCACAAAAGCAGCGGCUGCUACGGGAAUGAUGAUGACGGGAUUUUCUGUAAUAAGGAAUACUUUGAAUUUCAACAGGCCAUUCCUGAUGAUUAUCUCUGACACAAAUACUCAGUCUUCACUCUUUAUGGCCAAAGUCACAAAUCCCAAGGGAAAUUAGAACUUCCUAAGUGGUGAGGGUUUCUCCUGGGAGCCAGGAUUAAGUCUAUUUGGGUCUUUAUGUGUAUGUUGGCUCUCCCAUGCUCUGAUUUUCUGUACCAUGUCUGGCUUGAACAGGACAGUGACUGUGUAUCUAGAUCAUGCACAGGGACCUGUGGACAGUCUGAGACCAGUAUGUAUGCACAGUUCCUGCCUCAAACUUUUCCUCACCCAAGCUCUGCCCCUCAGUGUCCCUUCAGCCGCUCCUGGGCCUGCCCACAUCUGGCACUGUUGUGGAGAACCUAUUCCUGCUUCUGCAUGGAGACGAUUGGUCAGCUCAGUUCCUUUCCCCUACUCAACCUACUUGGGGCAGAGGAGCCUUUUCCUAGGUUCCCCACUGGCCAACAUCACGCAAUAGAUGGACACCUCCCUUUCCUUACCCCAAAUACAGGGCUUUCACAAAUUCAAUAAACGUAUAACUGCA